GUAAACUGUUUGAGAUACCGUGUACUAGGCUGUUUGUAGCAAAUAAGUUUAUGACGUAUAGCAUAAUUAUGAAUGCUGUGGUUAAUAUCUAUCACUUAAGAAACACAUUUUGUGGGAAUACUCUAGUGAAAUCUGAUGAACUGAAGAAGUGGAACAUAUUUUUGAAAUAUAGUUUCUUUAGCUGGGGAGUUCCCAUCAUUAUAACGAUUGUUCACAUUGUACUAGUAAAGGAAGAUGUUCUAAGAUUUGAUCAACCUAUUGCGUCUGUGAAGAACGACGUUCAAUCGAGCUUAAGAUUUUAUCGACGCAUUGCGAAUGGAAAUGCGACGGCAAAUAAUAUAGGGAUUUAUCACCGUGUUGCAUCCUUGAAGGAUAAUGUCCUGCAGUCAAAGUCAAGGUUAAAUCAAAGCACUGACAAUGUACUUGAAGAUGCCCAGUCAAAGUUUAAUCAAAGCACUGUACUUGGGAAGGAAGAUGCGACGGAAGAUGAUCUAAGAAUUUAUCAACCUAUUGUAUCUUUGAAGAAAGAUGUUCAGUCAAGCUUAAAGUUUUAUGAACGCAUUGUAUUCGCGAGUGGAGAUGGGAAGGAAAAUGAUGCAAGGAUUUAUCAACAGAUCUCUGGAGAUUGUAUCAAUGGUCGAAUUACUCCCGAUUGGUCAGCUGCUGUUGAUGUAUAUGGCCUUCAAGGUUGUCUUUUGUUGUACAUUAUUGGAAUGUUCAUCUUCACUGCUUAUCGAAUUCGCCAAAAACUCAAGGCAAGCAGGAACAUUGCACAGAAAUCGAAUAUUGUUAAGCGUCGUAAAUUUGUCAUAUUGCUCAAGCUGUCAACCACUACAGCCUUAAGUUAUUGGUUUCCUCUCUUCAUAUCUAGAAUCGUGGAUUUUGAUUUCGACAUAAAGAUAGCGUUGUAUACUGUAACGUUGCUUACUGGUGCCUACAUUGGUAUUGCGUUUGUCUUUACACGAAGAAAUUAUCAGUUGCUCAAGAAAAAAUAUUUCCCAGCAAACAAUAGGCCGCCAGUUAACAAACUUCCGCUGAAUAGACUAUAG